UCGGUGAACUUGCGCGUUACUCCUUACACUUUGGGUAUUUAACGGAAAAGAAGGGGACUUUUUUUGAUAGUUUGAACUUCCCGCUGAAUUUGAACCUUCAUUCAAUAACUGUGUUUUAAAUAAAGUUAUGAUACGUUUCGAAUAAUUUUCUCGGCGUAAGUUCAAACAUUUUUUUUUUACGGAAAGAGAAAGAAAAAGAAGAAGAAGAAGUAGAAGAAGAAGAGGAAGUGAUCAUUCAAGGCAAGGAUCCAAAAAAAAAAUUCCCCCAAGGACGACGUCGAGAGUUCGAGUAUACGAUGAUGAUAUCGCUAGUCUUCUUGGUUCCCAUAUUGAUUGGUGUAACGGCGGGUUCACUUCAACAAUUACCUGGAAAUCAAUUGUCUAAGCAAAACGAAGAAGCAGUUCUUUCUUCGGCAACAUUGACGGCCAAUAAUGACGAUAACGACGACGAUAACGACGGAAAUAAAGUAAAAAAAUAUUUCAGAAAGGGUAUAAUGAAGGACAGUGAUAGAUCAAUUUCGUCAUUUUUAAAUCAAUAUCAUAGAAACGAAGAAAAAACAGAAGAAAACAAGGAAGAGAUUGCGGAUAAGCUUUCGAAAAAAGAUAGAAAGCAGAAGGCUAUCUUUUUGAAUUAUCCAUUAAUAUCACGAAUACAACAGACUUAUUCGAGCUCACCUGGUUACGAUAUCGGUUAUAACGAUAUUUACGAUCCUAAUGUCGAAGGAAGGACACCCAAUAAUAUAGGUGGAAACUAUCAAGAGAGCAAUAUCUUUUACAUCAGAUUACCACCGACUCCCUACAUGUUCGUACCAGGUUUAGGAUAUAUCUCUCAACCACCAACCUACUCUACUGCCAACCUAAGACCGCAUAUCUCUCAGUCGAGACCACCCAAACCUCAACUUCCAACUUAUCAGAGACCGAAUCCUUUUAUCAAGUUGCCGAUAGACUUCGUGAGUAACGGUAAACCAACUUCCGUCUACCAAUGGCAAAAGAAGAAACCUAUGACCAAUGUCAAACUAUCAACCGACAGUCCGAUCACCAAUCUCGAUGAUCUCAAACCCGGUUUUGUGAAUAACGGCAAGCCAACGACGAUCUAUCAAUGGCACACGAAUUUAAAACCUGGCAAAAGGCCCAACAACUUCGUGAAUAGUCUCGAUAAGGGACCUUACCUAUUCAAUGGAAAACCAACCAGUUUGUAUCUUCUUAAGUCAGAUGGUACCAGUACCGAUCAUCGGCCUAUUCGAUACUCCGAUUUCGAGAACGAUAAUUCGUAUUAAAUAAAAUAAUGCAAAUACGAUUUUCAAUCGCCAAACU